AUGUCACCCGCUGCAACGUCGGACACUGCGCCCGCCGAGGAACCCAAGGUCGCCGACUUGGAUGCGGUGCUACAGUUGCUCCCGGCGUGCCGACGAUGUCGUCGCAACAAACGCCGGUGCGACAUCCGACUUCCGGCCUGCCUGAAUUGCAGCCGGGUUGGAGCAGAAUGCAUCUUCUUUGACCAUGUGUCCAAAGAACUACUACCGCGCACGUACAUCGCCUCGCUGGUCGACCACCUCAGAGCCUUGGAAGCGACCAGUGCCAGUGCGACCGCCGGUGCGACCGCCGGUGCUUCGCCCUCGGCACCGACGUCAACCUCAACCUCAACCUCUCUCACAAGACCGGCGGAACACCACUUCAUCCAUGUACACGGUGCAUACAGAUACCUGGGCGUGCGGGCGCCCCUUGCAGUGCAGGAUGACCGCAUAGUGAUCAGUUCCCCGGAGCUCCGUGCCAACGCGACAUGUCCUCCUCUGGUGGUUCCGCCUCAGUCGCUGAUGGGAUCAGGAAUGCAUCAAUUCCUGGUGUCGUGCUAUCUCGAGACGCUGCAUGGCCUCUAUCCCGUCCUCGAUGCGGCGCUGGUAUAUCUGACGGAGCCUCCUACCUCGCUGUCAGACUUGGCCGCCUCGGAAUCUUUCAUGCUGCAUAUGGUUUACUCCAUCGCGUGCCACUGUCUGCGGGCCAACGAUUGUCAGCUGGUUCUCCUCUCCGACUCCUUCUAUCGAGAAGCUCUGGUCCACGCGGAAAAGAUCACGGCCGAGUUGAACCUGGACGCCCUCCAAGCGGUAUUGUUGCUCGCAUUGCGCAGCCUCUUUGAUGCACAGAACGGGAGCUUGGGACAACAGAUCGCCUUUGCUCACCGGCUAGAGGUCGAGCUCGGCGCUCGAGAAGUGGAGGAGAGCACACCAGCGUUGCAGCAACUGCGAGCGUCGAUCUUUUGUAUCGGCAACCAGGUUGCCAGUGCCCUGGACCGGCCCUCUGGUCUCGUUGAAUGGGAGGCGACGGCAUUCUCCGACAAACCAGAUGGUAGCCAACUUUUGUGCCACUUGUAUCGCGUGCAAUCGAGCUUCCGCAGGGGCAGUUCCUUCGACGAGCUCCAUUUGGACGGGGUCGAGCAGAAGAUCAUGGCGCAUGGGUCACCAUUGCUCGUUGCUGCUCUGAACGAAACGCGCUUCUUGCUUGAGCCUAACGUUGACUCAGCUAUGCAACUGCUAAGCACAUAUGCCUCGGACAACAUGAUCCUCAACGUUUUUACCUCUCACUGGACAUACAAGGCCGCGACGUUUUUUCUGGGAGAUGACCUGGAUAAGGCAACCCUCCAGGGGCGGGCGCUUGCUCAGAAGGUCCUCGAGCGAUGUGCUCUGAAAUGGCCUAAUGCUCGGGCGUUGCAAGACUCGGUGAAUGUCUACUCUUCCGGCUGA